GCCCACCGCCGGUGACCCGUCCAGCCUGAAGUUGACCCCAUCCGGCACCGAACCUGGGGAGUGGGGCGGAGCCCUCAGGGCAGGAUCCAGACCGUCCAGCCCUCGCCUGGCCCCCAGCUGGGAGUCCCUGGCGCGCGCCAGCUGCGUACGCGGCGGGUGCCUCACACCUGCCAGCGUCUUCUUCACCCCCCGCUAAAGGCCAGGCUCCAGCCAUACCUCAAUGGACCCCAGGGGCAUCUUGAAGGCAUUUCCCAAGAGGAGGAAAAUUCAUACCAAUCCAUCAUCAAAAGCACUUGCAAAGAUUCCCAAGAGCGAAGACGGAGAAGAAGCAGGAGAGUGGCUGAGCUCCGUGCGGGCGCAUGUUGUACCCACUGGCAUUGGGCGAGCCCGGGCAGAACUCUUUGAGAAGCAGAUUGUCCAGCAUGGUGGCCAGAUAUGCCCUGCCCAGGCCCCAGGGGUCACUCACAUUGUGGUGGAUGAAGGCAUAGACUGUGAGCGAGCCCUCCGCCUCCUUAGACUGCCCUGGCUGCCCCCAGGUGCUCAGCUGGUGAAGUCAGCCUGGCUGAGCUCGUGCCUACAGGAGAGAAGCCUCGUGGACACAGCAGGAUUCAGCAUCUUCAUCCCCAAGAGGUACCUGGAUCAAGCACAGCUCAGCAAGGCAGACCAAGACUCUUCUACUCCUCCUGGAGCUAGUGAGGCUCAGCUCAGGACAGCCCUCUCUCCUUCCCCUCCUCCCACCAGACCUGUAUCUCCUUCCUGGAGGGCAGAGGAAGUCACAAGCCUCCAAGCACAGCCCGGCUCUGGUGGUGAAACCAGUGAUGGGGAAGAGACCCAGGUUAGCGCAGCUGAUCUGGAAGCCCUGAUCAGCAGCCGCUACCCAACCCCCCUUGAGGGAGAUGGUGAGCCUAGCCCAGCCCCUGAGGGCCUGGAUAAGUGGGUCUGUGCACAGCCUUCGAGCCAGAAGGCGACCAACCACAACCACCACAUCACAGAGAAGCUGGAAGUGCUGGCCAAAGCCUACACUGUUCAGGGGGACAAGUGGAGGGCCCUGGGCUAUGCCAAGGCCAUUAAUGCCCUCAAGAGCUUCCACAAGCCUGUCACCUCCUACCAGGAGGCCUUCAGUAUCCCCGGAAUUGGAAAGCGGAUGGCUGAGAAGAUCGUAGAGAUCCUGGAGAGUGGGCAUCUGCGGAAGCUGGACCACAUCAGUGAAAGCGUGCCUGUCUUAGAGCUCUUCUCCAACAUCUGGGGAGCUGGAACCAAGACUGCCCAGAUGUGGUACCAUCAGGGUUUCCGGAGCCUAGAAGACAUCCGAAACCAGGCCUCUCUGACUACGCAGCAGGCCAUUGGCCUGAAGCAUUACGAUGACUUCCUGGACCGCAUGCCCAGGGAGGAGGCUGCAGAGAUUGAGCAGACAGUCCGGGAAGCAGCUCAGGCCUUCAACCCUGGGCUGCUGUGCGUGGCAUGUGGUUCGUACCGACGGGGGAAGGCAACCUGCGGUGACGUGGACGUGCUGGUCACCCACCCGGACGGCCGGUCUCACCAGGGCAUCUUCAGCCGCCUCCUGGACAGCCUCCGGCAGCGAGGGUUCCUGACGGAUGACUUGGUGAGCCAGGAGGAGAAUGGCCAGCAGCAGAAGUACUUGGGUGUAUGCCAGCUCCCAGGGCCAGGGCGGCGGCACCGACGGCUGGACAUCAUUGUAGUUCCCUACGGCGAGUUUGCCUGUGCCCUGCUCUACUUUACUGGCUCUGCCCACUUCAACCGCUCCAUGCGGGCUCUGGCCAAGACCAAGGCCAUGAGCUUGUCGGAGCAUGCGCUCAGCACAGCUGUGGUCCGGGACACCCAAGGCCUCAAGGUGGGGCCUGGCCGAGUACUGCCCACCCCCACUGAGAAGGAUGUCUUCAGGCUCUUAGGCCUGCCCUACCGAGAACCAGCUGAGCGGGACUGGUGACCCACGGCUGGGGGAGGGGGUGCCAAGCUGGACCGGCUGGCCCUCCUGGCCAUUCCUCCAGCCUCAGCUGGCUGAACCUCACUCUUUUCAACCACCAAGUCCUCUGGGCCUGAUGGAAAAGGCCAGCCUGGCUCCCAGGGCUACCCAGCCCUCUCCCCGACAGGAACAGGGUGCUGCCCCCUCUACCUCACCAUUGCCCCUGGGAGAGUUUAGCACAUGGCCCCCUGCCCCAUUUUAAGCAGGAACUGGUGCCUGGUUUGAGGCCAGCUUCCUGUGCUGAAGGCCCAGGCAUCCCCCUUCUCUACCCCAAGGAGGGUCUAGCAUGGGAUGGGGGCUGCAGGGGAGAGGCGCACAGCUGAGGCCCAACAUCACCCAAGACCCUUCAGAGCAGGAGAAUGAGCCACUCCACGUGUGCUCCCUCCGCCCACCCCACUUCCUGUGCAGCUGGCAGUGUAGGGAAGGGGCACCCCAGGCGCGACGAGGAUAGCAUUGGAAGGCCCAGGGACCCAGUAAAGUGCACUUGACAUUCAA